GGCGCCUGGACCUGUGUGUGUGCCUGUGGAGGCCGCUACCUUGACCUGUGUGGCCGGCAGGUCCCCGCGGCCGCGGGACGAGGGGUCACCGGGGCUCCACGUGGGCCGGAUACCAGCUGCACCCGCUGAGCCAUGGUGACCAGGGCAGGGGACACAGCCUGAGUGACAUGGACAGGACCUGAUGCUCCCAAACCCACGAGUAGUGAAGAUGUGAAAUCGAGGCAGCAGCUCUGAAAGCCGGGAUGGAAGGCGGUUUGACGGUGGCUGUCCCACAGGGCUCCAACUCGGGAGAAACCCCGAAACACGAAGGCUGGUUCAAGGACGGCCAGGAGAACCAGGAAAGCUGUUUGAAGCAGGAGGCCCACGAGGAAGCCCCCACCAAGGACAGCAUCCCCGAGUAUGAUGAACUCGGUGGAGCCCCCAGGACCAGAUCGAGUCCCCCCACUACCCAGGGCUACCUCAGGCCCCAGAGGCACGGCGCACCCAGAAAGAGCCCGAACGGGAAGAACGCAGACACUGGUGCGGAGGACGAGCAGCGAGGUGGCGGCCCUAGAAAGCCGUGGACGUGUCAGGACUGCGGCAAGGCCUUCAGCUACUGCUCGGCCUUCACCCUGCACCAAAGAACGCACACCGGGGAGAAGCCGUUCUCCUGCCCCGACUGCGGCAAGGCCUUCAGCCAGAGCGCGCACCUGACGCUGCACCGGCGGACGCACACCGGCGAGCGGCCCUACGCGUGCUCCGAGUGCGGCAAGGCCUUCAGCCAGGGCUCCUACCUGGCGGCGCACGGGCGCACGCACACGGGCGAGCGGCCACACCGAUGCGCCGACUGCGGCAAGGCCUUCGCGCGCCCCACGCACCUGGUGCAGCACCGGCGCGUGCACACCGGCGAGCGGCCCUUCGCCUGCGGCCAGUGCGCCAAGGCCUUUCGCAGCCGCUCGUCCCUACUGGAGCACCAGCGCAUCCACACGGGCGAGAAGCCCUUCGUUUGCGCGCAGUGCGACAAGGCCUUCCGCUUCUCCUCGGCGCUCGUCCGCCACCAGCGCACGCACACGGCCGAGCGGCCCUACGCGUGCAGCCAGUGCGCCAAGGCCUUCGUGCAGAUGGCGCACCUGGCGCAGCACCGGCGCGUGCACACAGGCGAGAAGCCCUACGCGUGCCCGGAGUGCGGCGUGCCCUUCAGCCAGAGUGCCUCGCUGGCCGAGCACCGGCGCAUCCACACGGGCGAGAAGCCGCACGCGUGUGCACAGUGUGGCAAGGCCUUCACGCAGGUGUCGCACCUGGCACAGCACCGGCGCGUGCACACCGGCGAGCGGCCGUACACGUGCCGGGACUGCGGCCGCGCCUUCAGCCACCGCUCGCACCUGGCGCAGCACCACCUCGUGCACACGGGCGCCCGGCCCUACAGGUGCUUGGAGUGCGGGACCGGCUUCAGCCACGUGUCCUCGCUCAUCGAGCACCAGAAGGUCCACACCGGAGAGAAGCCCUACCGGUGCGGGGACUGCGGCAAGGCCUUCAGCCAGGGCUCGUCGCUGACGCUGCACCGGCGGACGCACACGGGCGAGCGGCCCUACGCCUGCCCGGAGUGCGGCAAGGCCUUCAGCAACCGCUCCUACCUGAUCCAGCACCACAUCGUGCACACCGGCGAGAAACCCUACGAGUGCAGCGGCUGCGGCAAGGCCUUCAGCUUCUCCUCCGCCCUCAUCCGACACCAGAGGACACACGCCAGCAAGAAGGCUGGGGACACCUUUGCGCAGCUGCCGCACCUGACUGGACCCCUGAGCUCCCACCGGGAGGAGGAGCCUGUUGAUGGUGGCUUUCCUGCGGAAACCGUGGUGGACCGGCCCAACGAUGAGGGCUGAGGUCUACCAGGGCCCCUGAACCUCACACUCAGGCUCUCAGCACUAGCAGGGAGAUACCCUAUCUGCCCGGUGUUGCCAGUGAAGAAACCAAGGCUCAGAGGCUCCGUGAGGUGCCCUGGGUCACACAGGGAGGAUGUCACAGGGUUGGGACUGGACCCCGCAUCUGCCAAGACUCCCCUCCACCGCCUCCCUGGUUCAAAAUUAUAAUCGUGACCCAUGAAGGUAGACGUAUCUGUGGGUCUCUUGCUGGCCUUCUCAUUGUUGGUUUUGUGACUAAGUAGACAUUUGCUUGGCACGUUUGAGUAAAGGUUCAGCUCCUUUGGUGAAGCUGGCAUGGUACCAGGGAGCAAGGUCUUAAGAAGAAAUGUGGAUCCCUAGGACUGAAACAGUGCUUCCAAAAUUAGAGAAAGACGGGCAGAGAAAUCCAGAGCAGGGAGGGAGGCGCCUAUGCCCGACAGACCUGUGAAGGGUGAUUUUUAGAGUUGACCCCAGGUUUUUUUUCAGUAUGAGGAAAUACCUCCCCUUUCCAGAUACUCAAAGUGCUGACUUUAAUGGUUGUGUCCGUUAUUGCUGCCGUGUGACAAAUCACGCAGGAUACCUGUUUAACGUUUCCCACGCAGGGUGGUCCCGGCGGUCUGGACCAGGCUCACUUGACCCUGGGAAGGGCGGGGCAUGCCACAGCAGCCUCUUUCUUGGAGCUGCCUCUGCGAGCUCCAGGAGCUUGAAAGCACCAGCAACUGGCCACACGUGGAGGCGGGGCUGAACUCAGAGCUGAUCCCCAGGGGCCGUGUGCCUCAGAUUUACAUCACUGCCGCUGCCUCUGUAAACUCAGUGCCUGCAGGACAUCCCAGUGGACUGCAGGUGCUCCUGUGGGUGGGACGGGUCUGGCCUUUGCGGCUGUGGGCCCUGUGGGCACAAAGGCGGAGGCUGGGCCGGGGUCUGGCCGCUUGCACGGCUCCCACAGCCGUCCAGCUGCAGGACGGCUGCACACUUGGUACCUGACUUUAGUGGGUCAGUGCCUACAGAUCUGUGCUGGGUUUGUGAAUGCAGUGCCUGCGGGACACCAGGGCGGGUUGCCUGCAUUCCCGUGGGGAGGCAGGGCCGAAGGCAGUGCCAACAACAGUGUCCUCUGUGAGCCCACACGACAGGUGACAGCUUCACGGGAGGUGCGCUCACCGGCCCCUCUCCCAGCAGAAGUGCUGCAGUCCCACCUGGCUCACGCCACAGCUUAGAAACCGAUGUGGGGAUCAGGCCCUGCCCCAGACAGGACAGUGACAACCACAGAGCAAAGAGGAGGCCCCACUCAGCAUCCAGUGCAGGCUCUGGUCACUGCAACAUCAGUCACACCCCCUGUCAAGGGGAUAAUGGCCAGCACACACUGAAGAAAGACAGCAGCCAUCUGUACUAACAUUAGUCCUCACGCCAAAAGUAUUAAACCCAUGCAGGCUACACAGGGACACUCCCAUAUAAAAAUAGCCCUCCAAGACCACAAUAGAUAACUGUUCCUCCUAAACCCAUCGAUGAAGAGAAAUGUAAGUAACAUGAAGAAGCAGAGGAACCACUCCCAAUGGAAAGAUCAAGAGAAUGCCCCUGAAAGAGCAAACAAUGAAACAGACCUCCUCAGUCUAGCAGACACUGAAUUUUAAAAAGGAGAUAAUGAAAAUAUUUAAGGAAUUAGGAAGGGCUAUUGAUAGAAAUGCAGAUUACUGUAAAAAGGAACUAGAGACUAUAAAAAGGAACCCAGAAAAAUUAGAAAACUCAUUUGGUGAGAUGAAAGCUACACUAAAGGCAAUUAAUAGCAGACUGAAUAAUGCAAAAGAAUGAAUAAGUGAUCUGGAAGAUAGAAUAAUGGAAAGCACCCAAUCAGAACAGCAGACAGAAAGCCAGAUUUGAGGGGUGAGGGGAGGAGACAGCAAUAUAAGAGUCCUGUGGGAUGAAGUGUGCCCAUCUAUGCACAGUAGGCAUUCCAGAAGGAGAAGAAAGAGAAAAGGGGAUCAAAAAUGUACUUGAAGAAAUUAUGGGUGAAAACUUCACAAACCUAAAGAAGGAUACAGGUAUCCAGGUACAGGAAGCACAGAGGGUCCCAAACAAGAUGAACCCAAACAGACCUACACCAAUAAAAAUAGCAAAAGUUAAAGAUAAAUAGAGGAUUCUAAAGGCAGCAAGAGAAAAACAAAGAGUCAGUUACAAGGGAACCACCAUAAGGCUAUCAGCUGAUUUCUGUACAGAAAUGUUACAGGCUGGAAGGGAAUGGCAAAAUAUAUUCAAAGUCCUGAAACAGAAAAACCUGCAACCUAGGACACUCUACCCCAGCAAGAUUAUCAUUUAGAAUAGAAGGUGAGAGACAAAGAACUUCUCAGACAAGCAAAAACUAAAAGAAUACAGCAAUACUAAACCUAUCCCAAAGGAACUAUUGAAAGGUUUUCUAUAAAUAGAAGAGCAGCAAGAAUCUAUAGGAAAGAGAAAAUCACAACUGGAAAGUAAGCCACUGCACAGAUUUAAAAAAAAAAAUUCUGUGAAAUUUUCUGUGAAAGCGAUGGUAGCCACAACGAACAGCAAAAGAAGAAACACAAAGUUGUAAAAGAGGACCUCAAACUCAUGAAAUGUGGGGGAGGAGAGUAAGGAAAUGUAGUUUUUUUUUUUUCUCAGAAUGUGUUUGAGCCCAUAUGACUACCAAUCUAAGGCAAGUAGAUACAGGAAGGGGUUAACACACUUGAAAAACAGGGUGACCACAAAUCAAAAGACAUACAAUAGAUUCACAAAAACCAAAAAGAAGAGAAUACAAGCAUAAUACAAAAGGAAAUCAUUAAACCACAAAAGGAAAAAGAACAAAGAAGACAUACAAAAUCAAUGGGAAAACAAGGUUUAAAAUGGCAAUAAGUACAUAUCUAUCAAUAAUUACCUUAAAUGCCAAUGGGCUAAAUGCUCCAGUCAAAAGACAUAGAGUGGCAGGUUCGAUUAGAAAAAAAAAAAAAGAGUCUGCAAUAUGCUGCCUACAAGAGACCCACUUCAGGGCAGAGGACACACAUAGAUUGAAAGUGAGGGGAUGGAAAAAGAUAUUUCAAGGAAAUGACAAGAAAGUGGGGGUCACAACACUCAUAUCAGACAAAACAGAGGCUAUAAAGAAGGAUGCUGUAUAAUGACAACAGGAUCAACACAAGAAGAGAAUAUUACACUCGUCAACAUAUAUGCACCGAUAUACGAGCACCCAAAUGCAUAAGGCAGAUACUAACAGACAUAAAGGGAGAAACUGAUGGGGAUACGGUAACAGUAGGCAACCUUAACACCCCCCACACACAAAUGGACAGAUCUUCAAGACAGAAAAUCAAUACGGCAACAGAGAUCCUAAAGGAUACAAUAGAACAGUUAGACUUACUUGAUAUUUUCAGGAUAUUACAUCUAAAAAAUCCAGAAUACACAUUCUUCUUUUUUUUUU